AUGGGUCUCGUCGUGAGAAGAAAGACACGGCAGAGUUGGGGUGUUUUGGAACUUGAAUCAUAUGUGAAGCUCUCGUGGGCUGUCUCCAUGUGCGUAGUGCACGCGCAUGUGGGCCGGGCUAGAUUUGUCAAACCACCGGCUCAGGUUGUUGGGCUAUUGACGGUCAAUGGGCCGAGUCAGGCCAAUGAUAACACCCACAGUGUUAGUCCAGGUGAGACUUUUUCUCGUGUUAAUAAUGAAAUAUCAGGAAUUGCCAGAACAUAA